AUGCAUUGUGUUUCGAAGCUCUGUGAUUCAGUGCCGGAACUAGCGUUUCCGCACGCAGGCGAACUUCAGGCACUGGUUCGGUCGAACUUCGAUGCCCAGGUAUUCUCUAAUGACGUGCCGCUGCGUCAACAUGCGUUGAAAUGUAUACUGAUUGACACGGCGAACUGGAACUUGGCAAUGACAGCUACCGUGUCGCAACUAAUGAAUUGUCCGCGAAUCUGGUAUGAAGCCCGUGAAAAUGUGGCACGAGAAAUUGGUUACGACGACGAGUUUCAUCAUGGACAAGGAGUCCUGAGCGUCAGCACCAACACAGAUGCUAUUUGUAGGCCGCUCGAUGUCUACCCUGACCACGCAGUGGCGGUGAGUGGCAUGAGUUGCAGGUUUCCCGGUGCCAAUUCCCUCGACCAGUUCUGGGAACUCCUUUCGAACGGAGUAUCAAAGCUGCGGGAAAUGCCAUCUACGCGAUUCUCGGCAGCCCAUUUGAGAUGUUCUAGCCAGGAACAGAAGCAAUGCUUCUGGGGCAAUUUUGUCGAUGACAUCGACGCAUUCGAUAACCGAUUCUUCAAGAAGUCGUCUCGGGAAGCAGCUUCUAUGGAUCCUCAACAACGGCUUCUCAUGGAAGUCGCCUAUGAAACGGUAGCAUCGGGAGGUUAUUUUUCAAUGCGGCCAGGAGUUGACUCUGAUCGUACUGGUUGCUAUAUCGGUGUCUGUGCAAACGACUACAACGACGUUGUGGCUUCUCAUCCCGCCAUUGCAUUUUCCUCUCCCGGUACAUUGCGAGCUCUUCUGAGCGGUAAAAUUAGCCAUUAUUUUGGAUGGACUGGGCCUUCGCUCACUGUCGAUACGGCAUGCUCCUCUUCUGCGGUUGCAAUCGAUUUGGCGUGUAAAGCCAUUGUCUCUGGAGAGUGUAGUCAAGCACUUGCCGGCGGGGUUAGUCUCUACACUAGCCAGUAUUUCUAUCGGAAUCUUGCCGCGGCUUCCUUUCUCAGCUACACCGGCGCUUCGAAACCAUUUGAUGCUGCGGCCGAUGGUUAUUUUCGCGGCGAAGGUGUAGGACUGGUCAUGUUAAAACAGCUUUCCGCUGCCAUUAGAGAUGGCGAUAUGAUUCGCGGAGUCAUCGCCGCUUCUGCUGUCAAUCAGAAUGCGAACGCAACCUACAUCACGGUCCCACAUUCGCCAUCCCUAGUCGAACUUUACAAGAGAGUCUGCCUCAAGUCAGAGAUCUCUGCAGAGGAUGUGUCGUAUGUGGAAGCACAUGGUACUGGAACGCCGGUAGGAGACCCAAUCGAAAUGGAAAGUAUUUGUCACGUCUUUGCUGGACUGCAUCGGCCUGACCUACACUUUGUGUCUUCCCUCAAAGGAAACAUUGGUCAUCUAGAAGGUGCAUCAGGGGUUGCCUCCCUAAUCAAGGUCUGUCUCAUGAUGCGCCAUGGGCAAAUCCCAAUUCAAGCGAAUUUUCGGAAGUUGAACCCAAAGAUAACACCGUUGGAGGUGGACCAUGUCGAGAUCCCUACCAAAACACAAAAAUGGAGCCAAUAG